AUGCUAUCCCUCUGGACAGGGCAGGGCCACGAAGGCAGCAGCUGCCUGCGCCUUCUGCACCUGCCGGGUUGCCCAAGGGAGAAGGAGCCACCAGACAGCCAGAAGCUCUCGCAGCCGGAGGAAAAAGAAGAGCUUCGAGCUUCGGGAGCUUCCACCAGCCUCAGCCGGACACCACACAAGAUUACACCCAUUUUUAGGGUGAGGACUGGAGGGCAACGGCACCAGGAGUACCUGAAGAUGCUGAGCGAGAGGGAGGAGGCGCUCGAUGAGGCUGAUGAGCUGGAGCACUUGGUGACAUCUCAGACAGAGUCUGUGAACAUUGACCACCCAAAUCACAUUGUAACAGUGACGACCAUCAGCGACCUGGACCUCUCAGGAGCGCGCCAGCUGGGAUUGACCACUCCUGUGGAAAAGACUGAUGGAUCAGAAGAAGAGAAAGGAGAAGAAGUGGUGAAGAAGCCUGUAAGAACAAUGCCGAAGAAGUCCAGAAACCCAUUUCUAUCUGAAAAGAUAUCUUCUCUUACUGCCACGCUGCACAUGCACAGCCGGAAAAAGACGAAGGGAAAGCGACCCCAGCGUGGGCAGGGUCCCCGCAAGAAGGCCCAGAAAUCCAGCACGGGCCGCACCACUAAGACUCAGCGACGGAGGCUGACGGGCAAAAUGGGCCGCGACCAAGACUAACAGAGAAGCCAGUGCUCAGACCAGCAGCUGGGACAGCACUCCACACCCGACCUGCUGCUCUCUUGGGCCCCUUCACUGUGGGCGAG